AUGUCGGACGAGACUCAGCAGGUUGCGGCCGCAGCUGCCGAAAUCGCUGCUGACUCCAGCGUCUCUGCAAGCGAGAUUGCUUCGGGCGAAAUCAAGAGCAAGCCCCAGCAGAAGAAGGGUGGCAACAAGAAGGACAAGAAGGAGAAGAAGGACAAGGCCCAGGCUGGUCAAAGUGCGAGUGUUCCCGAGCCUCCUGCGUACAUUGGCUUCCGCGAGGACAUUUUCGAAGAGCUCUGGGCUGAACAGCAGAAGGAGCUGGCUGAGCGCGAGAGCAAGGCCAUUACCAUCACCUUGCCCGAUGGCAAGCAGGUCCCCGGCGAAACUUGGCGCACGUCCCCCUACGACAUUGCCAAGGGCAUCAG